GAUAAAUGAUAUAUUCAUAUGUAUAUAGAAAGUAUGAUAAAUGAUAAAUGAUAUAUUCGUAUGGAUAUAGCCAUCACAUCUGACAGUAGUAAUGUUUGUUCGCUUCGAAUAACGAGAUCGGCAAACGAGUUUUUUUUUGUACGACUUCGGAUUUGACAAACAAUGCCUAAAUUCACGUCCACCUGCACCAGUGUAUUGCAGUACAAAACGCACAAAGAUUCUUUAGAUUCAGAGAACAAACUCAUGUAUGACGCCAUGACAAAUCACAAACUUUUGUUACCCACGGAUUCGGAACAGGUACUACAAAUCAAUUCAAUGAAUUCGUCACACAGCGGUAAAUAUCCCGAAAGCUGUAUAGGCGGUGGUAGGGUUCUGGAGGUCAAGCAUUUCAAUGUUUGCAAAGUGCCGGACGAACAAAUGGACAGACAAGCUAAGCUGGCCUGGUCGUUCACCGAACAAGAAGCAGCUAGAUUUGCCCUCGAACCUGUCAAAAGCAACAACAAGCGGCCAAAAAGAAGGAGAACUUUCCCGCAAUGCAUACUCGGGUUAUGAAUAGAAAGUCGCGAAAUAGGCACAAAGGCUUGUGAUCAAAGUCCUCGCUCUAGUCAUCAGAAGGCUGCUCGGUGUAUAAUGGGGUAAUCUACCGGGUGCUUCGGCGGCGUUAAGAGGGGAUGAAAACUACAGUGUCCCAACUCUAACCAGCGACUUUUAAAAUGUAGCGCGCACAUACACAUUCAUUUGAAGCAGCUUCCAUACAAGCGAAUUCUCGGGCUUUCACAAGCUAUUGAUGUGAAUACUAUUAAGAUACAAUAUUUAGAACCCGCACCCCACCCCAAGUCCAAUUUGCAUGCAGUUUGAGCUGCUGACCGUGAGACAGUCUACUGAUCCAUAUUUACAGGUUAAUUUGCAAGUCCUUCGAGAGAUCAUUCAGCAUGUAGAUACACGCAUGGUGUGUAUUGAGUUUUAGACUUGGUAAGAGUCUAGGAGGGAUGACUUUUUCUCUCAAGCGGGUUGCCUUGAGCACUUCGUCCAGCUGACUAUCGCAGGUCUUACCAGGAGCUUUGUUUGGUUUCCUUAAGCGCUUUGUUCACCUGACUAUUGAAGGUCUUGCAAGGAGCUUUCUUUGGUUUCGUGUUGGUUUGAAUACACCUGAGAUUGCAAAAAUAAAGAAUAAAACGUACAAGUCCAGAAACGAC